AUGAUUUUCCUUGCUUCGGCACAAAUGCUUGCCAACGGUACAGCCGGGAAUCCUCCUGCUGCUAACAUUCAUGGAUUCGGCUCUCUCUUUGGUGUUGCUGUCUAUGCGUUCAUGUGUCACCAUAGUAUUCCUUCGCUUAUCACACCGAUGAGUUCGAAAUCCGGUAUCUACGGGAAGCUUUUCUGUGUUUAUCUGUUGAUACUUUCAUUUUACUUCACUCUUUCUGUCACUGGUUCAUUUGCAUUUGCCCAUGUGCAG